CAUCUAGCCGCGACCGAUAUUUUUGCCUUUUUCUUUACGCCAAAUAAUUAUGUAUAGUUUAAGAUGGAUUAGUAAAUAUUCACAAAUGGAUGGUAUAUAAAAUUAUAAUAAUCCAUAAAUAAGUGAUCAAGUGAAAAAGUACGGGAUAUGCAAGGGGAAGAAGGGAAAAAGAAAAAAACUGGCAUGAAGGAUAGUCAUCCUUCCUCCUUCCGGUGCUGUACCAUGUGACCUGAGAAUGGCGGAAGAGAAGAAACAGAAAGUCAGUAACACACAACUUCCGACAGAGUCCAUGAAAGUCAUUGCUGAGUCUGUUGGUAUCUUGCAACUUCCGGAAGAGUCAUGCCAGAUUCUGUCUGAUGAGGUCAGCUACAGGAUUAAAGAGAUAACUCAGGAUGCUUUGAAAUUCAUGCAUCAUGGAAAGCGGAAGAAACUGACAACCAGUGACAUUGAUUUUGCUUUGAAACUUAAGAAUGUUGAGCCAAUCUAUGGUUUCCAUACUCAGGAAUUCAUCCCAUUUCGCUAUGCCAGUGGGGGUGGAAGAGAGCUGUAUUUUUAUGAGGAGAAGGAGAUCGACUUAAGUGACAUCAUCAACACCCCUCUGCCACGAGUCCCACUUGAUGUGUGCCUUAAAGCUCAUUGGUUAAGCAUUGAAGGGGUACAACCUGCAAUUCCAGAAAAUCCACCUCCAGCUUCAAAAGAACAGCAAAAAUUAGAAGCAACAGAGCCACUAAAGGCUAUAAAACCAGGCCAAGAGGAGGAUGGACAACUUAAGAAUAAAGGUGCUGGUGGCUCUCCUACUGAAGGGAAGGAGAAGAAAAUACCUUUACUGGAGGGAGCACCAGUAAAGCUCAAGCCACGAAGCAUCCAUGAGUUGUCUGUGGAACAACAGUUGUAUUACAAAGAGAUCACAGAGGCCUGUGUGGGAUCCUGUGAAGCUAAGCGAGCUGAGGCAUUGCAAAGUAUUGCUACAGACCCUGGACUCUACCAGAUGUUGCCACGAUUCAGCACAUUUAUAUCUGAAGGGGUACGUGUGAAUGUUGUGCAAAAUAAUUUGGCCUUGUUAAUCUACCUCAUGAGGAUGGUGAAGGCAUUGAUGGAUAAUCCCACCCUUUACCUUGAGAAAUAUCUGCACGAACUGAUUCCCGCAGUGAUGACUUGCAUAGUGAGCAGGCAGCUGUGUUUGCGACCAGAUGUGGAUAAUCACUGGGCCCUUCGAGACUUUGCGGGCAGGCUGAUAGCACAGAUCUGUAAGAACUUCAGUACAACAACAAACAACAUCCAGUCACGGUUGACAAAAACCUUCACCAAGAGCUGGUUAGAUGACAAAACUCCAUGGACAACCAGAUAUGGAUGUAUUGCUGGCCUGGCUGAACUAGGACAUGAUGUGAUAAAGACACUGAUACUGCCACGAUUGCAGAUAGAGGGCGAACGUAUCCGAGCAGUGCUUGAAGGUCCUGUGGUCAGCAACAUUGACAAAAUUGGGGCAGAUCAUGUACAGAGUUUACUACUGAAGCAUUGUGCAACAGUUGUAGCAAAGAUCCGCUCCCCUCCUGACAACCAGGAGAAUUACAAAACAGACUACGGAUAUCUGGGACCAAUGCUCUGCACGCAUGUUGUAAAAGCACGGGCACAGGCAGCUUUGCAAGCACAGCAGGUGAACCGAACUACGCUAACAAUAACUCAGCCUCGGCCAACCUUGACGCUGUCACAGACAUCCCAGAUACAGGCUGUCACGCGUUCCCCAAGCAUCAUAAAAGUUCCCAGCUCCAUUACACUGCCAGUACAGACAUUGGUAUCUGCACGUCCAUCCACGCCAACACAACCUUCCCCACCUCCAACGAAGUAUAUAGUGAUGUCUUCAACUUCCGGUACUACUACAUCUCAACAGGUAAUAACCUUGAGCAGUACAGCAUCGGGGACGAACACAUCUCCUGUCACCACCACAGUUCCUAGCAUCCAACCUAUUGUCAAACUUGUCUCUACAUCACAGACUGUCCCGAGCAGCACUCUCACAAGUAACGUCCAGAAAUACAUUGUGGUGUCUUUGCCAACAGCAGGUGAUGGCAAGGCACAGUCAUCCCAGAACAUACUACAGCAGCUGUCUCCAACAGGCAAUCCUGCAGUUGCACUCUCUGGCCUCCCAAAUCUCACCAGUGUAAAGCAGGAGCGCAGUGACAGUCCUCAGCCACAGUUUGCUGCAUGCUUGGCGAAGACAAAUGGAUCCCAAGGACUACUUGAGUCACCUCAGCCUUCGCAGUAGUUGAACUUCAUUUAAAUGGAAAUCCACAGCCAUUUCUCAUCCCUUUGCACACAUGCACUUCAGCAUUGCGAACAUCCUGCCUGUGCGCAAGCACAUUUUAUCAGUGAGAUCAUUGCCAGUAGUGUGAACAUGAUGGUACAAGGCAUUUGGAUGUGAUGAACUAUUGGUGAAGCCAACUUUUGUAUAUAGUAUGUUUGUUUUUAUAUAGAACUUUUUUUUUUUUUGGGGGGGGGGGGUGAAGCUGCAGCUAUGCCAGCCAUGUUGUUGUUGCAUCUUGGCUUAUUUGAGACUUUAACCGAACCUGACUCCAAUUUGUACAGUUGUAUGCCUGUGUGAGUGAAAAUCGGAGACCACUGUAAAAACAAAUCUGUUUGAUUACAAAAAUAAUUUUUUAUUAUUAAAAUAUUACAUGUA